AGGGGACUGGGAGGAGGAGGAGGAGGCCUGCGUGGGUUCUGAGCAGCAGCCAGCCAUAGCCAUGGCGGCCUCCAGCUCCAGCUCCUCCACUAGCAGCCGCCGGGCGGAUAAUGGCACUGGCGGCCAGCAGCAGCAGCAGCAGCAGGCCUCCUCGUCCUCCUCUUCCCGGCGUCGGAAGAGCCAGGGCCCCUUGGCCACGGCCUACCUGGUCCUUUACAACGUGGUCAUGACGGCCGGUUGGCUUGUUAUAGCUGUUGGUUUAGUCAGAGCAUAUCUCGCCAAGGGUAGUUACCACAAUCUAUACUAUUCAAUAGAAAAGCCUCUGAAAUUCUUCCAAACUGCAGCUUUGCUUGAGAUCCUGCACUGUGCAAUAGGGAUUGUUCCUUCCUCUGUUGUACUGACUACUUUCCAGGUGAUGUCAAGAGUUUUUCUGACUUGGGCUGUAACCCAUAGUGUAAAAGAGGUGCAAAGUGAAGACAGUGUUCUCCUCUUUGUCGUUGGCUGGACAAUCACAGAGAUUAUCCGUUACUCCUUUUAUACAUUCAGCUUAUUAAACCAUCUCCCUUACCUCAUUAAAUGGGCCAGAUACACAUUGUUCAUCGUACUGUAUCCAAUGGGAGUUUCAGGAGAAUUGCUCACAAUAUAUGCUGCUCUGCCCUUUGUCAGGCAAUCUGGUUUAUAUUCCAUUAGUUUGCCUAACAAAUACAAUUUCUCCUUUGACUACUAUACAUUCUUGAUCCUGACUAUGAUAUCUUAUAUUCCAAUCUUUCCUCAGCUGUAUUUUCAUAUGCUACACCAGAGAAGAAAAACACUUUCCCUUACUGAAGAACACAAGAAAUCUGAGUAAUUCCAACUUUUGUUCAGAGCUACGCAUGUGCAUGGGCACAUGCACUGAUACACGCACGAUCCAAAAAAGUGUUCAGAAGUUUAUAAACACUAGAGAGUAUUAAAAUGAGAGUCAAAAUAAAAAGUUUGGUAAACUGCUACACAUUUUUCAGCACUAGUAAUUUUGCAACAAAAGCAUCACUCUGUUUUUUCACCAUGUUCUUUUAAAUGAAAUAUAUUGUUUUAUUAUUUUGUUGUCCCCCCCCUUUUUUUUUUUUUUUUUUUUUUUUUGCUAAAACCCCCUAUUGUGACAUUGUUUUCUUGGUGGUAUGAGGGAUAAAGUGUAUGUGGUGCUCAAACUGGGAUUAUUUUAUUACAGUGGGCCCUUGUUAUCCUCUGGGGUUUGGUUCCAGGAACCCCCCAUGAAUAACAAAAUCUGUGUAUGCUUGAGUCCCAUUAAAUACAAUGGCAUAGUAAAAUUGUGUCCCUUAUUAUAUAAAAUGGAAAAAUCAUGGUUUGCUAUUGGGAACUUAUACUUUUUUGGAAUAUUUUCAAGCCAUGGAUGCUUGAAUCCGUGGAUCAAAAAUCCGUGGUUAAGGAGGUUUGACCGUAUUUAACAGCUUGUCUGCAUGUCACAUACUUAUGUACAUCAUUGUAACAAUAUUAUCUGGAAUGCUUUUAACAUUUGGUCUAGAACUGAUAAUGAGCAGAUUAAUGAAGUCUGUACUGUACUGACUUUGGGUCUGGAUGGGGCUAUACUGCUUGGAAUUCAGGACAAACUCCUACAGAGGGAGACUGGCGGUAUGUAGACUGCAGCAGUUAAUUGGUUGCCUAAACUGCACAAAUGAUAUUUUUCUAAAGAGUGGGGCCUUAAAAUAAUGCAGUGUUGCACAACAGUGUGUUUGAAGGGUGCAACUUAUACCUCAGACUGUGUUGUACUCCUGCUGUUCUUGAAUGUUCCUCUUAUAUGUUUUUUUUUAACUUGACACCUAAUUUUGCUGAAAUGCAUAGAAUACAAUGCACAUGGUAUACAUAAUUUAUAAUGGACACUGAUUUCAUAUGAGAACUAACAAUUUCCAAGAGUUAUGGAAAUGAAAAUAUCUGACAUGAAUGUUCCAUCAUUUAGAAAAGUUCUCUAAACAUCCUUUUCUUAAAGCAAACUUUUUAAAGAGCAAGUUUAAAGUUCAAAAUGUUUUUUAAUGAGGUCAUUAAUAUUGUGCUUAAAGGCACUAUUACUGCUGGUACGUUCAAUUUACUUCAAUGCUUGUUCAUUCAGCGAAUGGUAUUUUUAUAACGUAAACAGCUGGAAAAUGUUGGUCUUUAGUUUAUUAUUAUUAUUAUUAUUAUUAUUAUUAUUAUUAAACAACCUGUUAAGGACAGUCUGGAACAAAAUGCUAAUUGCUGCUUGCCACUUUGUUAACCUGCUGUACUGGAGAGGGAAAUAUUACUUCUUAAAAUGACUAAGUUUUAUUUAUGCUUGAAUAGAGAAAAAAAUUGUUAAUUAUUACCCCCACGUGAUGCCUGAAGAAGAGAAAAAAAAUUGAUAAAUUUAAUCUUUUUAAUGUGAAAUACAAUGGAAAACAUCAUUAGUUUUUUUUAAUGCACUAGCAUUGAUCACUCUAUCUAUAAUAUUAAAUUAUAAACUUAAUUACUUUCAUAUGGGAUGUCAUUCCAGUUGGUGUAAUCAUUGAAAGUGACAUCCAGCAUAUUUUUCAUUCAUUCCAUGGCACCAGUUCAUAUCACCCCACAAUGUCAUACUUUAUCUUUUGUUCUCCAGCAUUAUAAAAAAUGAUUUGAUUCUCCAGUC